AUGGACGCCGACAGCGUUGUGGAGGCCGUGCUUGCGGCGUCUGCGCCCGAGACUCCUCGUGAGGCCCGUGAGCGCGCUAACGCGUUCAUUGUCAGCUUCCAGGACACACCUGGUGCCGCGGGUAUGGCACCUCUGCUGCUGAGCCAUACGGCCGAGCCCGUCCGUCUCUUUGGCCUCACCCUCCUCAACGCCACAAUCUCCUACUCAUGGGCUUCCAUCGACCAGCAACAGCAGUCACAGCUCAAGGACAUGUCCAUUGCCCUCAUCUCCGGCGAGCUUCUGGAAGCGACGACGCCUGCACUGAAGCGCAAGGCGGUGAGUGUUGCGGCGGACAUUGCGGUGUACGAGUGGCCGCACAACUGGGAGGGUCUGACCCAGUUCAUCUACUCGCUCGCUACCGAGUCGGGCGAGGCCGAGGCCAUGGAGCGGGCCGUCCUAGCCUUUGGUGCCCUUGGCGAGACCAUCGGUCUGCUCUCGGGCCUCAAUGCCAACCUUGAUCGGAUCACUACCUCGCGGGCUAAGCAGUUGAACAACUCGUUCGGCCUCCAGGUUCCGGAUCUGUACCAGUUUGCUGUCUCGGUGCUCGAGGCCCAGCUCGGCGGCGCCAGCGCUGGCGACCAAGCUGCAGCCGCCUGUGUCGUCGCUGCCCUGGACCUCUUCCGGGUCAUGUUCCAGUACUACUCGGUUGAGCCUCUGAGCAGCGAGAUCGGCGAGCAGGUGGUAGCCUUCCUUGUCUCGGGCCUCUCGUCGCCGUUCCGGACGGACGUGCUGCGUGCGCUGCAGGCGCUGCUGCUGCGCAACCACGUGACCGGUGAGGGUGGCGUCCUGCGCCUCUUUGACGGCCUCCGCGAGCUGUUUGCUGCGCUAGUGGCGUCGAACGAGGCCAUCUCCGAGGCAACCAUCUCGGCCGAGCACGACUUCCAGGUCCAGUUUGUCGACGUCCUUGUCUCGCUCGGCCUGUUUGCGCUCCGGGCCGCGCGGCGCCUCGGCUCGUCGACCAAGGCCGAGCUCAAUGCCAUGCCUUCGUCGUUUGGCCUCUACAUCCAGAACUGUGUCGAGGUGGCGCUCACCCACCCGUCGCUCAGGGUCCAGGCCGCGCUCAUGCCGCUCUGGAUCUCAUUCCUCCGCGAGCCGCUCCUCGAGCCCGAGGCCAUGAGCUCGCUCCUCACCGCCCUACUCGAGCUAGCCACCAACCUGCUGACGCUGUCGAACCCGCUGCUGGGUGAGGCGCCAAACGCCACCAUCGCCACCCUCGACUUUGACUCGGAGGACGAGGUGAAGAAGGAGGUGCGCCGGAUCCGCCGGCGCGGGCAGGCGUUGAUGCGUGCCAUCACCCGGCUCGACGGCCCGCUCGCUAUCGACUACACUGCCCAGUUUAUCCAGUACGUCUUUGAGGGCGUCCUGCCCGAGUCGGGCCACAACGACGGCGCCAACUGCUCUAACGAUCACCCGGCGUGGAUUGCGCUCAACGGCGCAGGCCUCAUGCUUGGCUCGGUCCUCUCCGCGAUCUCGCAGCACUACCUCCGGCCGCUGGUCGCCGCUACCGGCGGCGCCGAGACCGAGGCUCGCCUCCUCGCCGUCAUGUCCGAGUCGCAGGUCCGGUCGUAUCACGCCGAUUCGGCGUCCGAGGCCCAGGCCCGUAACUCCGUGGUCGACACCCUCGAAGGCUUGCUCCUUGGCGUCCUUGCCUUUUCGUCGACGUCGCCGCACAUAGCCGGCCGCCACCUGGCCCUGCUCGAGGCCUUUGCGCCGUAUCUCUCGAUCCACACUUCGUCGGUCUCGGCGGUCUUUGAGCACUGCCUGCAGUUCCUCACCUUCCGGCUCCCGGCCGAGGAGUCAGUCUCGCUCGACGAGCUGUCCGGAACGACGACCCAGCUCCGCGACCGCGCGGUUCACGCGCUUGUUGCGCUUGCCAUCGACGCGGGCAAGCCGCUCCUGCACCACCUCAGCUCGCUGUGGGAGGUGACGUCGCGUAUGCGCGAGGCCGGCCUGCUCCGGCGGGCCGAGCUCAUCGGCCUCUAUCGCGCGGUCCUGUUUAUCCUCUCCAAGUCUGCCGACGGCGAGCUGCAGACCCGGGUCAUCAACUCGAUUCUGGACCCGAUUCUCACCGAGUGGUCGUCGGACGAGCUGGGCGAGGUCAUGGGCUCGGGUGCUGCGCUAGCUAGUGCGCUCGGGCUUGACGGCUCGCUCUCCGAAGCGUACGGCUCCGGCGUGGCGCCGUUUGGCACCUCGGCGGCGCUCACCAUCCGUGAGCGGAUCCACUUUCUGCUUGCGGUCAUGAAGGCAGUGGCCAUGCUCUCCACCAACUGGCAAGUCUCGGCGCUCGCGCCGUAUCACCAGGUCAUUCUCGGCCCGCUCUUCUCGGUCAUUUCGGCGCUCAACGAGUUCUACACGCCCAACGUCGCCGGCCAGCUGCCCGAGGCAUACGGCGAACUGCUGACGAUCCUGGAGGACGCGCACGCUGACGACUCGAACGAGUCCAAGCUGGGCUCGCUCUCGCUCCUCGAGUCGCCCAAGGAGCAGCUGGUCAUCAUGAAGUGGUGGCUCGUCAACACCCACCAGGAGGCGCUGUCGCUGUUGGCAUGCCUCAUGCGGUCGUCGUCGUUCUUCGAGGUGCCCGGCGUGGGCGAGGCCCUGCUCUCGACCGUCUUUUCCAACAUUGACAACAUCCCGGUCGCCGUCCUCUGCACCCUCAUCUCGGACGUGAUGGCCACGCUGCGGCGUAAGGCGCCCGACGAGCUCAAGCCCGACAUUCUCUUCCCGGUCAUCAAGCCGUUCAUCGAGUUUGUGCAGUCGCGGCUCGACACGGCGUGGGUGGCGCUUGCGUCGGACUCGGGCCGCGAGUCGGCCGAGGACGCCAAGGCCGAGAUUCAGAUGGAGAACGAGCUGCGCAAGGCAACGCUUGCCUUUGCCUCCUUCCUCCGCGGCCUCUCGUUCCGCCUAGCAACCGUCGGAUCGACCGAGGUGGACGCGCCACUCGAGGCUCAGUUCCUGGCCUCGAACCUCGCGUCCGAGUUUGCCAGCGCCGCCCUCAACCUCCUCAAGUGGCCGCUGCCGGCCUCGAUGAUUAUCGGCUUCCUGCUCUGUGAGCGCAUGGUGCCCAUGUUCUCUGCAGACGGCGAGUUCUGCCAGUUCCUCGCCUCGGAACUCCUCCCCGCCAUGCUUCACAGCGCUACGCUUGUCGAGGACGAGACCCACAUCCGCAAGGUUGUCGACGCCAUCCACCUUGUCUACUGCACCCUUGGCGAGAAGAUGGACGACAUGGAUCCGCUCCGCUCGGUCUUUCUUCAGCUCAACGGCCUCGAGGCCGCCAUCGCCUCGGGCCAGCUCACCCUCCGCGGUCAGGCCACCAUGUGGCGCAAGCUCUUGUCCCAGAUCCUCUCCUCCAACAUCACCUCUGCCCUCCACAAGAAGGGCGGCUUUCUGGUGGAUGCCAAUGUCAUGUCCAAGUUCCGUGCAACCGCCCUCAUGCUGGGCUGGAACGAGAUCGUCUCGCUGGACGACGUCGACUUUUCGUCGCUCGUCCUGCUCUCGGCGCUGUAUCUCAACCACAAUGCCAUCGUCACUUUUCCGCUUUCGGUCUUUACCGUCCGCCGGCUGAAAAAGCUGUAUCUCAACAACAACAAUCUGGCGUACUUGCCUGCCGAGCUCGAGCUGCUCGAGUCGCUGGAGGUUCUCUCGGUCUCGGGCAACAAGCUCGUCGCCCUCCCGCCGCUGGCCGGCUUGGUCAAUCUUCAAGCGCUGUACGCCUCGUCGAACCAUUUGAUGUCAGUUCCAGAGUCGAUCGGGUUUUGCACCGAGCUGCGCGAGCUGGCACUCGAGGACAACCGCUUGCAGCAGCUGCCUUUCCGGGCUUUGCUUCGGCUCUCACAGCUUCACGACAUCUACCUGCGCGGCAACCCAGAUCUGGUCUCGCUCCCACCGGCGCUUCUGCACCACCCCACCAUGACCGUGUUUCGCCGUCAUUUGCGGACUCGCGUCCGCGCCCGGAACCAGGACCCAUGCGACUCGUCGACCGAGAUGUGGGUCUUCAAAAAGGUGGCCUCUCUCAUUGUCCGCGCCAGGACCCACCGCCCUGGCUCGGCCAUGUCGACCUACACCGACAUGUCGGACCUGUCCGAGACCUCGACUCGAACCGCAGUCGGGCGGAAGCGGACGCUUGUCGAGCUCCGGCACUCGAUCCGAAAGGCUCGCCACCGCCCGUCAACCGGGGGCGGCGGCGACGACACCGCAUCGGUCCUCUCCGGCCGGCGCAACUCACAGAUCUCGCUCUGGGGCGAUGAGGGAACUUCGCUGGGUGAUCUCUCACUGUACAUGGAGGACGCCAGCAUGUUGCGGCGUGACUCGAGCCGCGGUCGCGACUCGGCCGACCGCCGGUCGGCCAGCCGCGGCCGCUCCCGUCGCGGGUCGGUCGACUCGGUCGACUCGGUCACCGCCCUCAUGCGGGUCAACACGGUCGUCGAGUCGCACCAGUACGAGAUGAUGGAGGACAUGCGGCGCCUGAUGGACAACGCCAUGCGCGAGAACGAGAAGCUUGCCGCACGUGUCCAGGAGCAGCUCACCCUGCUCGAGGCCGAGCGCGCUGAGCGUGCGGCCGAGCACCAGUUUCUCCAGUCCAAGCUUCACGACGUCGAGAUGCAUGGCAUGGCGCUGCAGCGUGGCCUCGAACGCCUCCGCGCCCAGGUCGCCGCCGCUCACUCGCACACCUCCGAGUCGGACGACGACGACUCGGCCGCCGUCUCCAGCGUCGCCUCGUCCUCGGCGCCCAAGCGCACCACCAUGGUCCGCUUUGCCUCCAAGGUUGACAUGCACAUCCUCCCAGAUCCUGCAGGCUACAAGUCGCGCACCCCGUCCGCGACAAACCUGCACGCGCCGGCAGAGCCCGCACGCGUCAGCGUCGAGUCCGACGACGACGAUGACGACGACGACGACGUCAUUCCCUACCUCGGCACCUUUGCCAACGUCAAGGUCAUUUAGUGUCACGGCUUGCUACACCGCAGACGAGCGAUGGAUGUCAACAACGGUCGGAAUCUCACCCGACUCGAGGAGCGGCACGAGCGCGUCCAGCCCGCCGCUGCGCUUCAGCUCCCACUCCGGCUUGGUGAUCGGCACGAUGACAAGCAUGUUGAACGAGAGCUGGUCGUCCACUUUGCAGAACGCAAACUCCGGGUGCUCAAAGAGGACCGGCGGGAGGAAGAGCAUGUGGGUCAGCUGCGAGCCGGGCACUGCCGGCGUGCCGUCCAAAUACAUUGGAACCGUGUGGCCCUCGCCGAUCCACGUCCGGGUCUGCGAGAUCCACGAGCACAAGGCCCUCAUCGCGUAGAACGGCCAGUUGCUCUCGUUGAGUUCAUCACCAAGAUGCCCAGCCGGAACCCAAUCGUGCGGAAGAUACAUCAUAAACUCGACCCGCUCCA